AUGUGGAACGAACUCGAUUUUCCAUAUCCUGAAAUAGGGUCGACCUAUCGACCGGUACUGUCAUGGCAGCGUCGACCGCCACGUUUCCCACUUCCCUAUGCUCGUCCGCCGGACAUGCCACCGCCAUUUAUGAAACCGGAUAUAAAUAUGGUACGCAUGGGUAUUCCACCUCCAUUUCGUGUACCAAGGAUACCGCUUGAACUUGUGACUCCACAUGCUGGUCCAGGAAUGCCACCUCCACCACUGCGUCCCGUACGACCUCCCAAUGUACCACUCUACCAAGAUUUUUCUGCACCCCCGCGCCCUACACCAAUAAAUAUCAGUGUUCAAACCUCAGCACUAAAAUGUAACAUAGAAUGGAAAUCACCAGCGGUCCCGAAAACGCUAAAAUAUGCAUACAAAUUGGAAGUUUGGGAAGGGGUUAAGUGCGACACGUAUGAUUUCCCAGCACACAUUGUAUCGUACAAAUUAAAAACUACACCGGGUACAGUAUAUAAGCUUGAGUUAUCCGCACGUGAUGCAAAUAAUACUGUUGUUGCUCUUGGAACAACUUGUAUGAAAGCGGUUUUCUCAGCAGAAGAAAUGCAGUGGCUUUACAAGAAGUCGUUAGAUUUCGUAGGGACAGUUAUGCAUUCGUUCCGCUUUCUCUAUCGUUGCAAGCCAAAGAUUUAUUAUGACGAUAUACAGUUUCACCGUGGGGGAAUAAUGGAAAAAUACAUGAAAGAUAAUAAUGGUCAGGCAGCAUCGUCAAUCAAUGGUGCUAUAAGCGGUCUAUUUUUUUCCGCUCGACUAUUGCCUGACGGAAGUUUGCCAACCCAUUCACCUUUUGGCAAUGUUCGAAUGUUAGUGCCAGCCAUGACGCUACUUGAUCCAUCUCGUGUAAACAUGUACUUUUGCGAUUUCUACUGCAACUAUAUAACACAUUAUGUUACUGUUGUAAUCUGCGAGAAGCAUUCAGAUACUGAUAUUUUUUGUAUGCAACGCUUGAUUAAGUUGGCUCCAGAUUCCAAUCCAUUUUUACGGAUUGUAUUCAGACCUCCAAUGUUUGAGCCCGAAUUUUGGGUAAAUAAAAAUGUUUGGGUAGAGAUAUAUUAUACAGAAAAUGUACCACUCAACUGGGGUCGAUUUGAUGCAAUCACCGCAACUGGUGCAGGCACAUCACGUGUAGGAGGUUUACCUCAUAAUAAGCAAUGCCAGAUGUGCAAUUUGUAUCCACAGAAAAAUAGUUCUGCCGCUAAAAUUGCCUCAACGAAGCUUAAUUCAACAUUUGAAUUGCUUCUGUAUUUGGAACGGAAAAGAUUUGGCAAUGAAAACAUAAGUGAAUCGGCUGAUUUAAUCGAGACGAUCUGUUCCAUCAUCGACUCUGUGGUUGCACAAUGCUCACAGGAUACAGAGAAUGAAACUAGUAAGCAGGAAAGCGAUAGUGAAGGAAGAAGAAAAAGGAGACUAGAAUCACCCGAAGAAAUCAUGCAACGUCUUGAUGCGCAAGAUUUAUGUGAGGAAAUGCAAGAUGUUAAAAAAUGUCUGAAAGCAUUCGUUGAUAGUAUGGGCAAUGGAAUAUCAAAGAUUGAACGUUUGUUGAAUGAUGCGAGGCAGUUUUCAAUACGCUCAACAUUCUUGUCGCAUAACUGUCUUGUGCGAUAG